GGAAAAAGCAAACUUGGCAUUUUGAGACUUUGUACGGCAUGAGCUUCACACCCCCGGCUGGAGAGGGCCGGGAUACCUGUGUCAGCGUGGCCAGCACAGGAAACUCGACACCUACGGGCGCGAGCAGCAAUGCCAGCCGUGGUGCGAUUGGGCCGAGAUUUGGAAUCUCUCCCCCGGUCUCCCUCCAGGAGCCUUCGGAGGCAGAGCUUGCCAUCAGCGAUCAGCUGAAGAAGGACCUAGAGGUGGACUUCCCCCGAGAGACGGAGCAAGGCCUCAGGAAGCGCGAGACGGUGCUGGAGGAGCUCCAGCGAAUUGUUUCCGAAUGGAUCUUGGAGGAAGGAAGAAGCCAAGGAAUGGAUGACGCGGCGGCGAUUGGCAAGAUCGUGACCUUGGGGUCCUACCGGCUUGGGGUUCUGCAGCCGGGCAGCGACAUGGACACUUUGUGCAUCGCGCCGCCCCAUGUGACACGGGAGGCCUUUUUCACCUCCUUCCUGGGGAAGCUGGAGCAAAAUCACCAGGUCUCAGAUUGUGUGCCCAUCCCUGGCGCGUACACGCCCAUCAUCAAGCUGAAGCUGAGAGGAGUGAGCAUCGACCUGCUCUUUGCGCGGCUUGUGAGGACGCUUGAAGAUGGCAAAGAUGUGGAGGAGGCAGUCAAGGAUGACGAGAUCCUCCGAGACAUGGACGACAAGAGCGUACGGUGCAUCAACGGGUACCGUGUAGCUGACAAGAUCCUGAGCUUGGUGCCGAACCAGGAGAACUUCAGGGAGACUUUGCGCUUUGUGAAAUGCUGGGCAAAGAGGCGCGGCAUCUACUCCAAUGUGCUGGGCUUCUUUGGUGGCAUCACAUGGGCGCUGCUGGUGGCCCGUGUGUGCCAGCUGUAUCCCAACUACUGCUUCAGCCAGUUGGUGAAUAGGUUCUUUCGAGUCUUCGACCAGUGGAGUUGGUCGAAGCCUGUGAUGUUGUGCGAAAUUGUGGAGAGCGUUCCGGGCAUCACGGGCUUCAAGGUAUGGAAUCCGAAGACGAGCCAUGCCGACAAGCAGCACCUGAUGCCGGUCAUCACCCCGGCCUUCCCCGCCAUGAACUCCACGCACAACGUGACGGAGACUACAAAGCGCAUAUUGCUGGACGAGUUUCGCCGUGGCUAUGAGGUGGUGAAGAAGGUCGAGAACGGCAAAGCUCUCUGGCGGGAUGUGCAUAAUCCAUUCCCCUUCUUCAGCAACGAGCCUUUCAGGCACUUCCUGUGCCUGGAAGUGCUGGCGAAGACUGCGGAAGUGCAUGUGAAGUUUUGUGGCUGGGUGGAAAGCAAACUGCGGAUUCUGCACAAGUCGCUUGAGGGAUCCGUGAACGGUAUGAUCAUUCACCCAAACCCAGAGCAAUACGACCUGCGGAAUGCCGAUGCAGAGUGGCCCCUUGGAUGCGGCAUGUUCAUCGAGCUGGCCUUCUUCAGCGAUCAGGGUGCCUACCCCGGCCAGACCGUGGAUUUAAGGCCUGCGUUACAUCAGUUCGCGGAGGUGGUGAGCCAGUGGGCGGAGAAGGAAACCUACAGCUCUGACUACAAGCUCAAGCUGCGGCAUGUCAAAAGGACACGUCUUCCAGAGUAUGCUCUGAAGGCGGAGGCCGCAAAGAGGAGCCGACCGUCCGAGUUGCCGACCUGAGCGCAACGUUCUCGUCGAAUGCGAGUGACGGGACCACUGGACCGCGGGUGGGUUUUCAUGUG